AUGAAGCAGAGCUGGGGACCAGGGCUGCUCAUCCUGGGAGCACUGGUCUUCAUAGAGGGUCUUCAGACAGCUCAGCAUGCCUGUGGGCAGCGUGGCCCUGGUCCCCCUGAACCUCAGGAGGGCAACACGACACCUGGAGAGUGGCCCUGGCAGGCCAGCGUGAGGAGGCAGGGAGUCCACAUCUGCAGUGGCUCCCUGGUGGCAGACACCUGGGUCCUCACUGCUGCCCACUGCUUUGAAAAGGAGGCAGCAACAGAACUGAACUCCUGGUCAGUUGUCCUGGGUUCUCUGCAGCGUGAAGGGCUGAGCGCAGGGGCUGAGGAGAGAGGGGUGGCUGCCCUGCAGUUGCCCAGGGCCUAUAAUCACUACAGCCAGGGCUCUGACUUGGCUCUGCUGCAGCUUGCUCACCCAGCGGCUCACACACCCCUCUGUCUGCCCCAAACUACACAUCGCUUCCCCUUUGGAAGCUCCUGCUGGGCCACUGGCUGGGAUCAGGACACAAGUGAUGCUCCUGGGACCCUCAGGAAUCUGCGCCUGCGUCUAAUCAGCCGCCCUACAUGUAACUGUCUCUACAACCGGCUACACCAGCGGCUGCUGUCCAGCCCGGCCCGGCCUGGGAUGCUGUGUGGGGGUGCCCAGCCCGGGGUGCAGGGGCCCUGUCAGGGAGAUUCCGGGGGCCCUGUGCUGUGCCGAGAGCCUGAUGGACACUGGGUUCAGGCUGGGAUCAUCAGCUUCGCAACAAGCUGUGCCCAGGAGGACACUCCUGUGCUGCUGACCAACAUGGCUGCUCACAGCUCCUGGCUGCAGCCUCGAGCUCACGGGGCAGCCUUUCUGGCUCAGAACCCAGAGACCCUGGGGACCAGUGAUGAGGACAGCUGUAUAGCCUGCGGAUCCUUGAAGGGAGGUCCCCAGGCAGGAGCCCCUUCCCUGUGGCCCUGGGAGGCCAGGCUGAAGCACCAGGGGCGGCUAGCCUGUGGCGGAGCCCUGGUGUCAGAGGAGGCGGUUCUGGCUGCUGCCCACUGCUUCAUCGGGCGCCAGAGCCCAGAGGAAUGGAGCGUAGGGCUGGGGUCUGGGCCAGAGGAGUUGGGCCUGAAGCAGCUCAUCCUGCAUGGGGCCUACACCCACCCAGAGGGGGGCUACGAUGUGGCCCUCCUACUGCUGGCCCAGCCUGUGACACUGGGCCCCAGCCUGCGGCCCCUCUGCCUGCCCUACGCUGAUCACCACCUGCCUGAUGGGGAACGCGGCUGGGUCCUGGGGCUGGCCCACCAGGGAGCAGGCAUCAGCUCCCCCCAGACAGUGCCUGUGACCCUCCUGGGGCCUAGGGCCUGCAACCGGCUGCAUGCAACCCCCGGGAGCGACAGCAUCCCCAUUCUGCCAGGGAUGGUGUGUACCAGUGCUGUGGGUGAGCUGCCCCACUGUGAGGGCCUUUCUGGGGCACCACUGGUGCAUGAGGUGAGGGGCAUGUGGUUCCUGGCUGGGAUACACAGCUUUGGAGAUGCCUGCCAAGGCCCAGCAAGACCUGCAGUCUUCACAGCGCUCCCCGCCUAUGAGGACUGGGUCAGCAGUUUGGACUGGCAGGUCUACUUUGCGGAGGAGCCUGAGCCUGAGCCCGAGCCCGAGCCCGAAAGCUGCCUGGCCAACAUGAGCCAACCAGCCAGCUGUUAACAGGUGACCCAGGCUGUUCGCAGGACAUGGAACACAGUCAAUUCCCACUGCCCUUGCCCCUACCCAUGCGUGGUUGCAGGCACUAGGGCAGGCUCAACAGCCUAGUGGGACCUAACCUGCACAGGACCAGCAGAUGCCCCAUACCCCCCUGCAGGACAGGGGUGUCACUCGCCUGUGACUGUCCCCACACCCAGCUCUGCUCUCCAAUGCAGGCAUCCCCAG